AUGAAGACAGCCACACAGCCCUUCGCAAACCACGUCGCCAUCGUGACGGGCGCCGGAUCACGCAUAGAUGGCGAAAUCGGAAAUGGUCGCGCGACCUCCAUUCUCCUCGCCCGUCAAGGUGCCAAGGUUGUGCUCUUAGACUCCAAUUCAGACUGGGCACUGGAAACAAAACGCAUGAUUGAUCUCGAAGGCGGAACGUCGGAGAUUAUUCAAGCAGAUGCGACGGACGAGGAUAGUGUCCGCGAAGCGGUUGCGCGCGCGGUGAAAUUGUUCGGCGCUGUGCAUAUCCUGAUUAACAUCGUUGGCGUCACGAAUGCAAAAGGAGAUGCCACGACUGUUAAUAUGGAUGCUUGGAACCGCGAUUUUCGGAUCAACGUUACGAGCAUGGUUCUCAUGACGCGACACGUUAUUCCUGAGAUGAGAAAGGUUGGUGGAGGCUCUAUUGUGAAUAUGGCUUCUGUAAGUGGUCUUAUCGGGGGAGAUCCAAACCUGCUUUAUCCGACUAGCAAGGGUGCUAUAAUUCAGAUGACACGGGCGAUGGCCGCUCAGCAUGGGAAAGAAAAUAUACGCGUGAACUGUGUUUGUCCGGGUAUGGCGUAUACGCCUAUGGUCGCUGUUAGAGGGUUGAGUCCGAAGCAGAGAAGAGAGAGGGUACGAUUAGGGUUGUUGGAUGUCGAAGGGUCGGCUUGGGAUGUGGCACACGCAAUUGCAUUUCUUGCGAGUCCUCAGGCGAGGUGGAUCACGGGUGUCAUUUUGCCUGUUGAUGGGGGUAUGACUGCGGGGAGGGCAGAUCGGCCGGACCUGAGAGCCAAUAUUUCUGAAGCCAGUGAACCGAAGCUGUGA